AUGUCGGGAACUAUGAGAGGUACACCUAGUCGCGGUGGGAACCGAACCCCUGCUCCGUCAUUUGGGCCUGGAAGUCCCGCCAAUUCCAAUAUUCCAAGACCCGUCAACGAUCCUCACCCCGCUCCGAGCGAAGUCGCUUCUGGUGUCAGCGCAAGCAGGCAGAAGCAAAGCAAGCGCGAUGAGGCCAUCAGGCGAAAGCUGGAGAAUGACCUCUCCAAGAAGAAGCAUCACAUUACGGGUCGGGCUCGGCACUCGCGCAAAGCCCCUCCUGGAACCGUCCUCGCCCUGAAGCCGAGCCCUGCCCUCCAGAUCAAGCCCGGUACCACCGUCUCCGAAGCCGCGCAGCUAAUGGCCGCCAAGAGGGAGGACUGUGUAUUGGUGACGGAUGAGGAUGACCGAAUCGCUGGUAUCUUUACGGCCAAGGACCUGGCUUUCCGAGUCGUCGGCACUGGCCAAAAGGCUAGCAGUAUCACCAUCGCAGAGAUUAUGACGAAAAACCCUUUAUGCGCACGCACUGAUACCAGCGCUACCGAGGCCUUGGAUCUCAUGGUUCGCAAGGGUUUUAGACAUCUACCUGUUAUGGAUGAGAACCAAGACAUCUCUGGUAUUCUCGACAUCACGAAAUGCUUUUAUGAUGCUAUGGAAAAGCUGGAACGGGCUUAUGCAUCUUCAACAAAGCUCUACGCCGCUUUGGAAGGUGUCCAGUCAGAACUAGGAACUAGUCAGCCUCAGCAAAUCAUCCAGUAUGUCGAAGCUCUUCGUUCCAAGAUGUCCGGCCCGACCUUAGAGAGCGUUCUAAACGGGAUGCCACCCACUACUGUUAGCGUCAGAACGACCGUGAAGGAAGCUGCGAUGAUGAUGAAGGAAAACCACACGACUGCCGUGUUAGUUCAAGACCAAGGUCAGAUUACGGGUAUCUUCACGAGCAAGGAUGUGGUCCUACGAGUCAUCGCCCCCGGUUUGGAUCCGUCGACAUGCAGCGUUGUCCGUGUCAUGACGCCCCAUCCCGACUUCGCGCCCAUGGAUAUGACCAUCCAGGCUGCUUUGCGAAAGAUGCAUGAUGGCCAUUACCUUAACCUCCCGGUUAUGAAUGACCAGGGCGAGAUAGUGGGCAUGGUGGACGUGCUCAAGUUGACUUAUGCGACACUCGAGCAGAUCAAUACUAUGGGAACAUCAGGCGACAAUGAAGGACCCGCCUGGAACAAAUUCUGGCUCUCUCUCGAUAAUGAGACCGAGUCCAUGGUUUCUGGCGAUGGUAGCCACCAUCAUGGUACUAUGGCGUCGCGAUCAGUUCUGUCUCCCGAUGUUAACCGUGAGCGUUCGUACGACCCCGUUGCGCCUGGCGACAGUGCUUCGCACGUAGGCAUGGAGUCGUCACCCAUCCACUCUGCGGUAGCCCACCAAACCCCUGCCGAUAUCCCCUUUGCAUUUAAGUUCAAGGCCCCAAGCGGUCGCGUACACCGAAUACAAGUCGUUGCGAAUGAAGGUAUCGCGCAAUUUGUUGAGCACGUGGCCGCGAAGCUUGGCAGCGAGGUGGAGGCUAUUGGGGGUAUCCCAGAAGUGGAAGAUGGUAACCUAAGUACUGGUGGCUUUGCUCUGAGCUACUUAGACGACGAAGGCGACACUGUUAGCAUUACAACCGACCAAGAUCUCCUCGAGGCAAUCCUACUAGCUCGACAUCAUCACCAUGAGAAAGUCGAUCUGUUUGUGUAUGAUCCCGAGAAGCCACCAGUUACGGUUACUGCUCCUCAACCUGAUCCUAUCGCUACACCGGCUCCUAGUACGGCCCCUUCGGAACUGCGUCGUAGACGGACCGUGGUAGAAGAUGAUGAUGAGGAUGAGGAUAGUGAGGAAGAGGACUAUGCAACUAUUAGACGUCGUAGAAGGGCCCACACACACUCGGAGCCCGACCAGGUUAUUGCUGGCGUGCCUAACGAGCUGUUACUGCCUGGCGCUAUUGUUACUCUGGCUAUUGUCAUCAUUGGUGUUUUCACAAUUUCAAAAGCUACUAGCCGGUAA